GUCGUCUGUCACUAUCAGUUGAUUAAUUUGCGGCGAGGUUGCUAUAAAACUUAUGUUUUAAAAAAUGUCGAUUUUAGCAAGUCCACUGUCUGUAGCCGGCUCCAGAACAACGGGAGCUUCGGUUCGCACCCAAAAUGUAAUGGCAGCCUCUACCAUCGCUAAUGUUGUAAAGAGUUCAUUGGGACCAGUUGGUCUAGAUAAAAUGUUGGUUGAUGACAUUGGAGAUGUGACAGUAACUAAUGACGGAGCUACUAUUUUACGUCUUUUGGAAGUUGAACAUCCAGCCGCCAGAGUAUUAGUAGAAUUGGCACAGUUACAAGAUGAAGAAGUAGGAGAUGGUACAACUUCAGUUGUUAUUAUAGCUGCAGAAUUACUAAAAAAUGCUGAUGAACUUGUGAAACAAAAGAUCCAUCCAACUUCAAUUAUAAGUGGAUACAGAUUAGCAUGUAAAGAGGCCUGUAGGUAUAUUCAAGACCAUUUGACUAUUCCAGUCGAAGAGUUGGGAAAGGAGUGCAUCAUAAAUGUUGCCAAAACCUCAAUGAGCUCAAAAAUUAUUGGAGCUGAUGCUGAUCUGUUUUCUCAAAUUGUUGUCGAUGCCGCCAAUGCUGUUAAAGUGACAGAUUCAAAAGGAAACAGCAUGUAUCCCAUUAAGGCCGUCAAUGUCUUGAAAGCACACGGUAAAAGCGCCAGAGAGAGUUUCCUUGUACCAGGUUAUGCAUUGAACUGCACCGUCGCCAGCCAAGCUAUGCCCAAAAAAAUUGUUAACGCCAAAAUCGCAUGUUUAGAUUUUUCAUUGCAGAAGGCUAAAAUGAAGAUGGGUGUUCAGGUUUUAAUUACUGAUCCAAAUCAACUGGAAGCAAUCCGUACAAGAGAGCUUGACAUCACCAAAGAACGCAUCCAGAAAAUCCUUUCUACUGGUGUUAAUGUUAUUCUUGUGAGUGGUGGUAUCGAUGAUCUUUGCCUCAAAUACUUCGUGGAAAAUGGAGCGAUGGGCGUAAGAAGAGUAAAGAAAGCAGACUUAAAACGGAUUGCCAAAGCAACUGGUGCCACUUUCCUCACUUCUCUCAGUAACAUGGAAGGAGAUGAAAGUUUCGAUUCUAGCAUGGUAGGAGAGGCAGCGGAAGUUGUUCAAGAAAGAAUUUCUGAUGAUGAAUUGAUAAUCAUUAAAGGACCAAAAGCACGUACUGCAGCCUCAAUAAUCUUGCGAGGACCCAACGAUUUCUAUUGUGAUGAAAUGGAAAGAUCUGUUCACGACGCCCUGUCCGUUGUAAAACGUGUACUCGAAUCAAAAAGCGUCGUAGUGGGUGGAGGCAGUGUCGAAGCAGCACUUUCGAUAUAUUUGGAAAACUUUGCCACUACGCUAAGCUCCAGGGAACAAUUGGCUAUCGCGGAAUUCGCCAGGAGUUUACUGGUUAUCCCUAAAACUUUGGCAGUUAAUGCAGCGCAGGACGCUACCGAUUUAGUAGCUAAGUUGAGAGCAUACCAGAACUCCAGUCAAACGAAAAAGGAUCAUGCGCACUUGAAAUAUGUAGGAUUAGAUCUCAUGGAAGGUACCGUUCGAGAUAACCGAAAAGCAGGUGUUUUAGAACCAACUAUGUCCAAAAUAAAAUCACUGAAGUUUGCAACAGAAGCUGCCAUUACCAUCUUGAGAAUAGACGAUAUGAUUAAAUUGGAUUCCGAACAAAGAGGUGGAAAGAACUACCAGCAAGCGAUGGAGAGUGGAGAAUUAUAUGAUUAAUUUGAUUUAUACUCUGUAUUACUAAUUUAUACGUAUCUUCAUAUAAUUGUCACUCAUUUUCAGCUAAUCUCCUUUAAAAUAAACUUAAUUCGAAGUAUUUUUAAGUACUUCACCAUUUGCAAAGAUUUUUAAUAAUUACAAGACGUUUUUGAAAGCUUUUUCACAGUAUUUAUUGUUAAUGAUUUUUUAAUAAACCAUUAAAACAACAUUUAUUAUGUAAUAACA